UAUAGAUGUUCGAAAAUCAACUUUGGGUAUGCCAAAAUCUUCCUCAAUUUAUCCCUCAUUAGUCAUUCCCGCUAAAACCUUCCUUUUCAAUUACUUGAGCAUUUCGUUCAAUUUUGAUGUAAUUUUUUGUUGAUUUCAAAUUGAAAAAAAAUCGGGGGAAUAUCCCACAAAAAUCACAAAAAUGGGCGUCUUUGCGAACCGCAUUACCUCCAGAAUUCGCCAACAAUGUCAUCAGUCUUUAUCGAGAAUGCCUGGGACGAGUAAACUAUAUUGGCAGUAAGCAAUGUAACACAGAGCUUGUGGUUGACAUGGUGAGGGAACAGUUCAGAGAACACAUGCAUGCAUGAGACAGAUCCAGAGAAGAUUUAGAAAUUAAAGGAUGCUCAGAGGUGCAUUUCUAGGGAAGAUUGUCCCAUCCCAACCUGGUUAAGUUGUUGGGAUAUUGUUGGGAAGAUAAGGAAUUGCUUCUUGAUAUGAAUACUUGUCAAAAGAAAGCUUGGAAAACAAUCUGUUCAGAAGAAAUUGCUUGUGAUGUUCUUUCAUCUGUUCACAUUUUACUCUGAACACGGAUUAUGAUGCAAAGAUAUCAGAUUCCGGCUUAGCUAAACUGGGACCAUCUGGUGGACACUCGAAUGUGACAACCAGAGUCAUGGGCACAUUUGGGUAUGCCGAUCCAGAGUAUGUUGCAACAGUUGGAAGUGAUAAAGAUCGGUUCUAUUAACACGAUCACUACAACUUCUGUAUCAUAGGAGGAUCCACGACAAUGCAGACAUGUGCAUACUCUAACAUAUUCUACGGAGCGAGGGCACCUGUAGAAUUAGAUGGUUUACCCCGUUGGAUUUAUUCUACAGCGACCGUGACUGGGUCAUGUGCAUUAAAAGAGAGGCAGUGCCGGCUUGCUUAUGGUAUUGGAGACAGUGUGAUAAGCAGUUUCAGUACUAGACAUAGGCAUAGAAGCAGACACAGUGUGGUUAGACUGAACUUGGAAGGAGGGGAACUGCCACUGGAAGAUGAGCAGGGCUACCAGGCAGAAGUUGAACAUCGUCAAGUGAGGAUUAGUGAAAGUCUCAAGUUAUACAUGCACCAAUUUGGCUUUCUUACAUGCAACCACAACCAUACUUCUGAUAAUGAUAUUAAGGAUACAGGUAUGGGUACGGCUCUGGGUGGGGGACCAAGAUGGUUUUCCCCGUUGGAUUGCCGUCCAAGUGCUCCCCCCUGUGAAACUAAAAACUUCUACUCAAAGCCCAAAGAGCCACUCCCCCUGCUCCUUUAUCUCCCUGGGAUAGAUGGAACUGGGAUUGGACUUUUAAGGCAGCACCAUAAAAUUUGCCAGAUAUUUGAAGUUUGGUGCUUGCAUAUUCCCCUCGUGGAUCGAACUCCAUUUUCAGAACUAGUGAAGUUGGUUGAAGGCACUGUGAGGUCAGAGUAUAAGCUGUCACCAAACAGGCCGAUAUAUCUUAUUGGAGAGAGUGUUGGAGGUUGCCUCGCAUUAGCUGUGGCAGCUAAUAAUCCUCACAUUGAUCUUAUGCUAAUUGUGGCCAAUCCAGCUACAUCUUUUGGUAGAUCAAAACUCCAAUUAUUGAAACCUUUGUUGGCAUCAAUGCCGAGCCAAUUUUUUCAUGGAGGUGAUGUUAUGAGCAUGCUUAAGGAUGCUGUGCUCAAAAUAUUUCCACAGCCACAAGUUCUUGAAGACAUAUUUGAAGCUUUUCACACUAUAAUAUCCUACUAUUCUGUCGUUACAAACAUUUUAUCAGUAAGUACGUUACUGUGGAAGAUAGAAAUGUUUAUGACUGCUUCCGCCUAUGCCAAUUCGAGACUCCAUGCUGUCAAAGCUCCAACCUUGAUUCUUUCCAGUGGUAAAGAUAGAUUACUGCCAAGUCUAGAGGAAGGUGAAAGACUCAUUCGUGUGUUGUCAAAUUGUGAUAUUCGAAAGUUUAAGGACAACGGUCAUUUCUUAUUCCUGGAAGAUGGUGUUGACUUGGUAUAUACAAUUAAAGGGACCUGUUUCUACCGUCGUGGGAAAAUCCUUGAUUGUGGUAAAGAUUAUGUGCCACCAACCCCUUCCGAAUUUAGAAGAGGGGUACGCCAGUAUUGGUUGUUUGGUCCAGCUACUGCACCUGUGAUGUUAUCAACCCUGGAAAAUGGAGAGAUUGUGAAUGGGCUUGCAGGAUUUCCUUGUGACGGACCAACAAUACUGGUUGGUUGUCAUUUGCUAGCUGGAGUGGAGUUGAUUCCCCUGGUGUCCUCUAUUUUUGAGCAGAAAAACAUCGUUGUACGUGGAAUGGCACACCCCAUAAUAUUCACAAAGCCAAGAGAUGCAAGAUAUUUCGAUUUUUCAGUAUAUGACCCUUUCAAAGUUAUGGGAGCUGUUCCUGUCUCUGGUCUUAAUUUGUUCAAGUUGCUUGCUUCCAAAUCACAUGUUCUAUUGUAUCCUGGAGGUAUGAGAGAGGCAUUUCAUCGCAAGGGUGAAUUUUACAAGUUAUUCUGGCCGGAAGAGCCUGAAUUUGUUCGGAUGGCAGCACGAUUUGGAGCCAAAAUUGUUCCUUUUGGGGUCGUGGGUGCAGAUGAUAUGUUUGAAAAUGGAGUUCAAAUAUUGCAGCUAUUUGCAGAUUAUCAUGAUUUAACAAAGAUUCCUUUCAUCAAAGAUGCAAUUGAAGCAGAAACAAAUAUAGGUGUGAAAUUGAGGACUGAGAGAAGUGGUGAAGUUGCAAACCAACCAGCACACCUUCCUAUAAUACUCCCGAAAGUUCCAGGACGUUUAUACUACUUGUUCGGGAAGCCAAUAGAAACAGAAGGGAGAAGGCACGAGCUAAUGGACAAGCAGAAUGCUCAAGAAAUGUAUGAACAUGUCAAGUCUGAGGUUGAAAGAUCGAUUGCUUAUUUGAAGGAGAGACGAGACCACGAUCCAUAUAGAUAUUUAAUUCCCCGAUUGCUAUAUCAAUCUAUUCAUGGCUUCACCGCACAAGUACCAACAUUUGAACUUUAAUUAGCUUUCUUUUUUCGAAUGAGAAGCGAGUGACGGACAAAGUGGGUGACAGAUUGGAUGGAGAUGCUCCAUGCUUCAUAUUCUUGAGCGAUAUAUUUCUUGUUGCCUCUCUUUGGUUCUUUGCAUAUUUACUUGUGUGAAACCAAUGGUCGCUUGAAAUGUGGUUGAUUUGGUCAAAUUAAUGAGUUAAAUACUCGAAAGACAUUUGAAGGCAUUUUAUCUUUUUGGUAUUUCUUGAACAUUCUUCAGUAUAUUACUAAGAUAAAUGAUUAAAAAAGAAAAAGUGAAUGCUUUAGCUUAG